AUGUUGCUGCUGGCGCUGGGAGUCCUCCUCCUGCUCUUCUGCAGUGUGGAUGUGUGGUACUUCCUACGCGGGGCCCAGGUUUUCUUCCAGGCAUGGUUCCAACCCCGAAUAUGGGACAUCCUAGCAGAGCAAAGUAUUGAUGGCAUGGUCCUUCCCCACGAUUUGGACUAUAUGGGCCACAUGAACAACUCCCGAUACCUAAGGGAGUGUGACUUUGCCCGCUUCCACCAUUACAUGCGAAAUGGACUGUUCAUGGCCUCACACAAACUGGGGGCCAAGAUGGUGGUAGGGGCCUCCACCAUUCGCUACCGACGCUCUUUGGCCUUCGGCGAGGCUUUUGAGAUUCGGACCAAAGUGGUGGGAUGGGACGAGAAGGCCUUUUACUUGGAACAGCGCUUUGUGUCCAAGAAAGAUGGUUUUGUCUCUGCAAUUAUGCUCUGCAGGCAGAAUGUCGUGCGCUGCAGCCCGGAGACGAUCAUUGAGUUUGUCUGCAAAAGGAAGAUUGAGUGCCCGGAGUUUCCCGAAGACCUCAAACACUGGAUCAGCUUCAUUUCAGCCAGCAGCCAGGCUCUGAGAGCAGAGAGCGGACUGGAAGAAAAGAACAAGUGAAGCCACACCAUGUACCAUGAGUGUAGUCCCACAUAUCAUUUGCAUUGC